UUGGGAUGUCCAGCUCUUUAAAUCAGGUCGGAUCGACCAUUACCUCACAAUCACAAACAACUCAACAAUUAACACCUUAUGAAGAAUUAUCUCGACUAAUUAGUGCAUGGAGUCCUGAAAUAAUUUUUAUUAAUAGUUUGGUUCCCGUUCGAGUCUGUGGAUUUGAAGAUGUCAAAAAACGACUUGCUGUACAAGAAGAAAUAACAGCUAAAGCCAAUAUAAAGUUUAAGGAAUAUGGUGCUAAACUCGAAGAUAUGAAGCGUAAGCAUAAUUUAGAAACUUUAGUGAGGAUAGAAGAUCGUAAACGAAAACAUAUUGAGUUGACACAGAGAGUGAUUAAGCUUAUGAGACGAAUUCAAGUGUUGCGAUUAAGUGGAACGCUAAUUCGAUCCGAUGAAGAAGCUUUAAAAGGGCGAUUAGAAGAUAUAAAGCAACAACUACAAAUGUCGUCAAGGAAACUUGAAACACUCAAAACACAAUAUAAUGUAACAAAACUACAAUGGGGAGUUCGAGAGCCACCAGUGACUCAUAAAUUUAAUGCAGUAAAUGAUAAUCAAUUAGAAAAUAUUAUAAAGGUGCUUGACACCGAACAAACAGGAAUAGUUCAUGAUAUUGAAACAUUAAAAAAGGAUUCUAAAGACAUUGAUGUUAUUCUUCGCCACCUCAAUGAUGUUCCAUAA